UUGCCAAUCAUCGGAAACAUGAUGAUGAUGGACCAGUUAACUCACCGUGGACUCGCGAGGCUUGCUCAGAAAUAUGGCGGCAUAUUUCACCUCAAGAUGGGGUUCUUGCACAUGGUUGCUAUAUCUAAUCCUGAAAUGGCUCGCCAGGUUCUCCAGGUUCAGGAUAACAUUUUUUCUAACAGGCCAGCCACCAUAGCCAUCAGCUAUCUUACGUAUGACAGGGCGGACAUGGCUUUUGCUCAUUACGGACCUUUCUGGAGACAGAUGCGCAAGCUCUGCGUGAUGAAGCUUUUUAGCAGGAAAAGAGCUGAAUCAUGGGAGUCCGUUAGAGACGAAGUGGAGAGUCUCGUUAAAACUGUUUCAGCCAACACCGGGAAGGCAAUCAAUGUGGGUGAGUUGAUCUUUAACCUCACAAAGAACAUUACUUACAGGGCAGCGUUCGGUUCUAGCUCGCAAGAAGGCCAAGAGGAUUUCAUCAAGAUCUUGCAGGAGUUCUCCAAGCUUUUUGGUGCUUUCAAUAUUGCGGAUUUCAUUCCUUGGCUCGGUUGGGCUGAUCCUCAAGGACUCAACACCAGGAUGGAGAACGCUCGUUAUUCAUUGGACAAGUUCAUUGACACCAUCAUCGACGAUCACAUUCAGAAGAGGAAGCAAAACAACGGCCGUGAUGAAGGUGACACGGACAUGGUUGAUGAUUUACUUGCUUUCUACACUGAAGAAGCCAAAGUAAACGAAUCAGAGGACCUCCAAAAUUCCAUCAAACUCACCAAGGACAACAUCAAAGCCAUUAUCAUGGACGUGAUGUUCGGAGGGACGGAGACGGUGGCAUCAGCGAUCGAGUGGGCGUUGACGGAGCUGAUGCGAAGCCCGGAGGAUCUGAAGCGAGUCCAACAGGAGCUGGCGGACGUAGUGGGUCUGGACCGCCGAGUCGAAGAAUCCGAUUUCGACAAACUCACCUUCCUAAAGUGCACCUUGAAAGAAACCCUCCGGCUGCGCCCGCCAAUUCCACUGUUGCUCCACUAGACGGCCGAGGACGCUGAGGUGGCAGGCAAUAGAAUCCCAGCCAAGUCGCGCGUGAUGAUCAACGCCUGGGCCAUUGGCAGGGACAAGAACUCGUGGGAAGACGACAGUUUCAAGCCGUUCAGGUUCUUGACAAAAGGCGUCCGGGACUUCAAAGGUAGCAACUUCGAGUUCAUGCCAUUCGGGUCUGGUCGGAGGUCGUGUCCGGGCAUGCAACUCCGGUUAUAUGCGCUGGAUUUGGCUGUGGCUAAUUUGCUUCACUGUUUUUCGUGGGAGUUGCCUGAUGGAAUGUCACCGGGCGAGCUUGACAUGAGUGAUGUGAGUGGCCUCACCGCACCCAGGGCGAGUCCACUCAUUGCCGUGCCAAAGGAUCACCUGCUUUGUCCACUCUUUUGA